CAGCUUACUGUGUAACAGGAGCCUGAAUCAAGAGUGUAUUUCACCAUGGAGGGUUCUGGAUGAUAAGGAGAGGAAGGCUGCUCACAGAUAAUCAAACUGAGGAAGCUACUAGAAAAAAAAAGUGUAUGAGUGGAAGAGAGAGUUUGCAGGAGGCAGUGAAGCAGGGCACAGGGCCUGCAGUGAAUGGGGGAGUGGUUAGCGGUGCUUUCUGCAUGUAUAUAUGGCAGAGUCUGACAGAGCAGAUCCUGUUAGAGCGUGAGCCUUAGAGAAAGGAGGACUGACCUUUCAGACUCGUUACCUGUGAAUGACUUCCUGAACAACACAUCAGCCAAACUGCGGGUUUCUGCUGGAUUAUAAACUCAAGAUUUCUGUUUCACUAACAGAUUGAUGAUGGGUCCUAUUGUUUUGACUGCGUUGGUGCUGCUCCUGGUUGCGCAGGAAGGUACCGCAGACAGAAUCCAAAACAGAAGAACCAAAAGGGAGCUGGCCAGUCCUCUGCAUGCUGGCGGCAUCAGGGACCCAUACGGCUCCUACUGCCACAGGCGAGGAGGCUGCUGCCCCGGCAGAGACGACCUGUGCACCGUGCCCUACCUGGAUACCAUCUGCUACUGUGAUUUGUUCUGCAACCGAACCGUCUCCGACUGCUGCCCGGACUUCUGGAAUCGCUGUCUGGGUGUCCCGCCACCUUUCAUUGAUAUCUGUGAAAGAAAUGGAAACAAGUUUUAUACAGGGCAAACAUACAAAGAAAACUGCAAUUUAUGCACAUGUGGGUCCUCUGGACGCUGGGAGUGUGAGCAGAAUGCUUGCCUUAUUGAGCCUGACGUCAUCAACGCCGUCAACCGAGGAAACUACGGAUGGAAAGCUGCAAACUACAGUCAGUUAUAUGGCUUAACUUUGGAUGAAGGCAUCCGAUUCAGACUGGGCACAAAGAGACCUUCCAGCACUAUUAUGAACAUGAAUGAGAUUCAGAUGAACAUGGACCCUCAGAAUGAUCAUCUACCGCUCCACUUCAACUCACUGGAGAAGUGGCCCGGGAAAAUUCACGAACCGCUGGAUCAGGGCAACUGUGCCGCCUCAUGGGCCUUUUCAACUGCAGCUGUGGCAUCAGACCGAAUCUCCAUUCAGUCCAUGGGUCACAUGACUCCUCAGCUGUCGCCCCAAAAUCUUAUCUCCUGUGACACACGCAACCAAGGAGGCUGCGCAGGAGGCCGAGUAGACGGAGCCUGGUGGUUCCUCCGGCGUCGUGGAGUUGUGACAGAUAACUGUUACCCAUACCAACCUCCGCAACAAACCCCAGCAGAGGUGGGGCGUUGCAUGAUGCAGAGUCGCUCAGUGGGGCGAGGCAAGAGGCAAGCCACACAGCGUUGCCCCAACUCACAGAACUACCACAAUGACAUCUACCAGUCCACGCCGCCCUACAGGCUCUCAUCCAACGAAAAGGAGAUUAUGAAGGAGAUCAUGGAUAAUGGUCCUGUGCAAGCUAUUAUGGAGGUCCAUGAGGACUUCUUUGCCUACAAGAGUGGGAUCUACAAACACACUGAUGUCAGCUUUGCCAAACCGCCACAGUACCGCAAACAUGGCACGCACUCGGUCAGGAUCCUUGGGUGGGGAGAAGACAGAGACUAUAACGGGACACCAAGAAAAUACUGGAUUGCUGCCAACUCCUGGGGAAAGAACUGGGGCGAGAACGGCUACUUCCGCAUCGUUCGGGGAGAAAAUGAGUGCGAGAUCGAAGCAUUUGUGAUCGGCGUCUGGGGCAGAAUCACUAUGGAGGACAUGCAGAAUCACCACCAUCGCCGCAGACACAUUUAAAAGAAGACUUUUGUGAUUUUGAAACCCCCCACUGUGACUUUGCUUUUUUUGCUCUGCAGUGGAGAACGCCACUGUGUCCCUUUAUCGAACAAACUGUCUGGGAGGGCCACAAAGCUAAAAUCUUGCUUUACAGUGGGGGCGUCUAUGCAAACACUGUUAAUUCACUUCUUCAUUAGAACAAACUGCCCAACGUUCUCUGUAGCUCAAGAUUAAUGUCACCAAAAAUAUAUAUACAUAUAUGUUUGAAGCAUCUUGAUUUUGCCUUGCAGUCUCACACCUCCAAAGACAACAGAUCCAGAAAAGUCCUGGCAUCUGUUGGACCAAGCUCAUUUCAGAGACGAUCUCAGAUGAAGAAGUUCAAUUCGCUCCUUUUAUCCUUCAGUCUCUGCUUGCUCUAAAUCUAUAAUCCAGAGAAACCGGACACUGCAUGCAGAGCUGGACGAAGUGGAAAUCUGAGAGGCAGAUUAUCAGGCAUCAGUCCCUGUGAGAAGGAGACUCCCCUGUUAAGCGAUGCAACCUGAUAAUAUAUCAUAGACGACCUGAUGAUAUUAACCUGUCAGUCAUACAAAAGGCAAGGUUUUACCCUUUUCUUUGAAUUACAGGGGACACUUCUCAGGCUUCUCACAGUUUCCAAAAAAUAAAGAAAUCAAGACAACAGGAGUUUAAGGUCAUCUCCUAUUUUAAAAUUGUUCAACAUGUCUAUGUGCUUGUGAAAGAAGAAACACUUCUAAGUGACAUGACCAUAUUAGGGAAACACCUGGUUGCUUUAGCUCUAAUGUAAACCUAAAUGCAGCAAUUCAUUUAGAAAUUAAAGCAACAAUUCUCGAUCCUCACAGUGAAAAGACUGCAGACUGUAAUGCCUUAAUGAGACAGAGGCAAAUCUGAAACAAGUGUCAUUGUCUUAAUUUACUUGAUUCUCUGUACGCUGUUACAGUUUAUGUUCAAGAUGUUAUUUUUUUGUUGCAGUUGUACAUUAAAGUUAUAUUUUAUAUAUGUGUUUUAAGACCAACUGUGUAAAAAAUCCUCACAUUUCACUUCUGUUUCUUUCCUUUAAAGCUGUUGUGCUUUUGCUACAAACAUUUGGAUCACAUGGCAAAACUGCUGCUAACGUUCCCUCUCUGCCACAGUAUUCGUCUGGAAAUGUUCUAUGUUUUAUUCAGUGCCACGCAAGUAUUCACAAAACUUUUUACCAUUUUUUUUCUUGUCAAUAUAUUUUAACAUUUUAUGUGAAAGUCCAACACAAACCAGAGCAUAAUUGUGAAGUAGAAGAACAAGAAUAUCUGGAUUUCUGGAGUGCGUCUUGGCUCAGAUUCUCAAUUGACUUUAGUAUUGGGCUUUGACUAGACCAUUGUGACACAUUAAUUAGUUUUGAUUAAAACAAUUCCCUUGUAGCUCGAACUGUGUAUUUAGGACGGUUGUUCUCGAAGGGGAACCUCAAUGACGGUUUCAAAUCUGUCCUGCUUCCUCCAGUUUCCAUGCUUCUGCUGAAGAAAAGCAUCUCUGCAGUAUGAUACUGCCACCACCAUGCUUUACAGUGGCAACAAAUAUCCACUUUGAUGGAAAAGUGAAGUUCUGGUCUCCUCUGACCGGAGCAUUUUCUUCCACUCUUUACGCGGCUUCUGGAAAACAGGAAUUGUUACAGUUUUCCCUCAGUGGUUUCAAUGUUCCCACUCUUCCAUACAAGCCAGACUCCAAUGGUGAGAAAUCCUUUUCAUUUUUUUUUUUUGAUAGAGGAUUAAACAACGCUCUGUAAGAUGUUCAGAGAAUAUUAUUUUAUUAUUUUAACUCAUUUUUCAACUUCUCCACAUCUUCCUCGCUGGCGUGUUCCUUGGUCUCAAUGAUGCUGUUUGUUUACUAAUGAACAUCUGAUGUUUUCACAGAACAGUUUAGAUUUAUACUGAAAUUGAGUAACACUCAGGUGGACUCCAUUUCAUCAAAUGACUCCUGCAGUUAAUUAGUCAUGCUUUAUUUUAUUCAUGGGUAUCAAAGUAAGGAGGGGUGAAACAUAAAUGUUUCUUCCACCACAUAAUUAUGCAUUGAUCUGUCAAAAUCCCAACAGAAUUUAGGUUUGUGGUUAUAAUGUAGAAAAACAGUGACAAGGUUCAAGGGGUUUGAAUGUUUCACUGUAUGUAAAACUACUUCAACAAAAAGCAGAUUAAAGUCACACCGGCCUUUCUUUUUUUAAUCUUUUAAAUGUUCCUUUAUCUUUAUUUCUUCUUUAUUCGGCUUCACCAGACUUGAAAAGGAAAGCUCAGUUAGUUAUUAACUUGUUUCUUAGAUUACAUCCUGGGCCAGCUUCAGCUUUGUCUUCAAAAGAUAUUUCUCUCUCAUCAUGUCUUGUGAUCUUUAAGGUCUUUCCGUCUUUGCUUCAGGCAUGAAUGGGCAGAAAGAUGUAAAAGCACAGAGAAACGUCUGGAUGGACAAGCAAUGUGUAAUGCAGCGCAAAAUGGAGGGAUUACUAAUAGGACGGUUGCCUGUCUUUUCCUGAAUCUGUGUGUUUGUGUUGAAAAGAGCAAAGUCAGAAACAGAUUAAAAGCUGCUAAAACAUCUCUGAAAAAGCUUCGGCCUUACACUUAGUGAAACUUCUUUACGCUCUUCACACUAUUAAAAAAAAGUUGUUUCAAAAGAUGAACUGAUAUGAAAGUAGAAAAACUCAAGAAAUUAGGAUUUGACCAAAACUGGAAAAAUAAAAUCUCCACAGCUUUUUCCAGAUAUAAUUUAUAAUAAAUAUUGAGGGAAAAAAAUCUCCUCUCCUUUCCUUAUGCUUGUUUUAUUGCUGAUUUCCUUUUUUUUUUUUCCUCCUAAAUGUUGUCCAUAGCUGCAUCCCAUCACUUGUAGAAUCCCUUGGUAGCUUCAACGGACGUACACCAUAAAGUUGGACAUUUGGAGUGAAAUAAUCCAUAUCUGUCUCAUUUGUGUGUUGGCUUUAUUUAUGGCGAGAUGUGUAAAUUAUAUUCUUUUAUUUGUGCAAUGCUUUAACAUCUGUCUUUUGUUCGUUGUGCACUUGGAACAAUCCCAGAUUAGUGUUCAAAUCCUCAAUAAAUGUCUUUCUAAAACCA